AUGGUUCGUGGGACCAAUGGCCCCGUCCAGUGGUGGUUAGAUUUACGUACGUACGGACGGACGAUAUUUAUGAAUACCCCCAGCGAGGGUCAUAUCGGGUGGAAGUCCGGAGAUGAAUUGUUGUACAAACAGAUCCAUUUUACCAUGGGCCAUUUCCGCGGAUUUGUGCAUGGGUUGGUUGGCCGGUUACGGCAGCAGUUGGUCCACGAGUUGAUGUUUUGCACCGAUCACCCGCCCCCAGCCAUCCCGUGGGAUCAUUUGUACGAUGAUGCCACGCAGAGUGCCACCGGAUGGAGUUUUUUACAGGAUUUACGUACAUCGUGGCCGGUCCAGGGUCCGACGUGGUUCAUGGAGCGUAUCCGCCACGAGCCCCGAUUACAGCGUCAGUUUGUACAGUCCCACGGGGCCGGGUUCCGGAUGCCCGCCAUCGAUCGGUUUUUUCGAGUGGUGAGCCAGUUCCGUGAGCGGUUAAGCGUGGCCGUCCAUGUUUGUGCCGGUCAACCCAGCCGGGGUCCCGAGUUAAUGAGCAUCCGGCAUCGUAACAGUGAGCGAGAGCGCCGCAAUAUAUUCAUUGAGGAUGGCAUGGUCACAUUUGUCAGUCGAUACCAUAAGGGGUUCCAUGUGGCCAAUGAUACCAAGGUGAUUUUCCGAUAUUUACCCCGGGAGAUUGGUGAGUUGGUCAUAUGGUAUUUAUGGUUAGUAUUGCCAUUUGUGGAGCAGAUGCAGUCAUAUCAGCGGCAUAUACGGGGCGAAGCCGCCACCAUCGGUCGACGGGCCGAGUAUGUAUGGUCCCCGGAUCCCGAUCGGCAGACCGAGUGGAGUAGCGUCCGGUUACGGGAGGUAUUGAAGCGCGAGACCGCGAUUGGAUUGGAUGGGCAGAAGUUGGGAUUACAGGCAUACCGUGACAUCGCCAUCGCCAUCAGCCGGCGGUAUUUACGCCCCAGCAGUCAGUUCCAGGCCAACACCGAGGAGGAGGCCCCCGACAUUGACGACGAGACAUCCAUGGAUGAUGAUGGGAUCCGAGCAUUCAUUGCGGAUAUCCAGGCCGCGCAUUCCGCCAGCAUUGCCGGGACGCAAUAUGGCCGGAUGAUGAUGGAGAAUCCCAACACCACGGCCCGGCACCGCGAGUUAUUCCGCCAGGUGAGCCAGGAUUGGCAUUAUUUUUUAGGAUUCGAGUCCACCCGUAUCGAACAUGACCGCCGGGCCCCCGGCACCAAGCGUAAGCCCAACCCAUGGGAAGUCGAAACGGCCGAGGCCCGUACGCAGCGUCGAUAUGAUUUACACCAGACCAACAUAGACGAGGCAUUCCAGCACAUGAUGGGGAGCAACACCGUAGCAUUGCGGGGGCAACAGGGUCCCGUAUUACAAGCCAUCAAGCAUGGGGUAAGCCCCAUUGUGGCGGUCAUGCCCACCGGGGGAGGUAAGAGUGUGUUGUUUAUGUUGCCCGCGUGGGUGAGUGGCCGUGCCGGGUUAACCAUCGUGGUUGUUCCAUUGAUUGCAUUACGCGGUGACAUGGAAGCACGAUGCCAGCGAUUGGGGAUUUCAUGUGCGGUAUGGGACCCCCGACGGCCACCCGAUGGGGUAUCCAUCGUAUUGAUCACGCCCGAGAGCACCGACAGCGAUGCAUUUGCCGAUUUUGUGACCCGGCAGCGGAUGUUACAGCGAUUAGAUCGGAUUGUGGUGGACGAGUGCCAUAUGGUAUUAAGUCAACAGGAGCGAUUCCGGCCAUUAUUCCAGCAGUUGGGCAAGUUACGAACCGCAGCCACCCAGAUCGUGAUGUUGACCGCGACAUUGCCCCCCCCGCAGCGAGGAAUUAUUAUUCCAUCGGAUGCAUUGGGUCCGGGAUCAAGUGGUAUUAUAUCGGGGCCACACCAGCCGGCCCAAUAUCGCAUAUCGUGUCCAUACGAUCCCCGUAGACGAUGGAUAUGA